AUGGCCAGACAACAGCUCGCUCUCCUCCCUUACUGCGGGUCCCAGCACGCAGAAUCGCAGCAGCCGCUGGAGCAGCAGCGACAAUCAUUAUUACCAUCGCCGGACCUCCGGCCUACCCCGCCCUCGCGGUCCUCAACUGGCAGUUCCCGCAAAUCCACCCUCUCGCUUGACCUGUCCAGCGUGCCGCCAUACGUCCCGCCGACACCACCUUCCAACACGCUGAUCUUUACGAAUCUCCAAUCCCGCGACAUAUUCCACGCCGAGAACUUGCAAACCAUUCGGGACCUGAUCAGCAAGACGGCGCCGAUCCACUCGUGGUCGCCGCUCAAGUCUUUCCGGCGUAUCAUCGUCUCCUUCUUCGACGAAUCCGCUGCCAUCGCGGUGCGCCAGAUCUGGGACGGCGAGGCCAUCUUCGGCGAGCGCUGCCGCGUCUACUUUGGCCAGCCGACGCCCAUCACUGCGCAGCACCCCGUGCACCUGGCUCUCCCCGACGCGGGGAAGCUGUUCUUCAUCUCGCCCCCGCCGAGUCCGCCGCACGGAUGGGAGGUGAGGAUGGAGGACGCGCCCAACAAGAUGGUGCACGCCGAGGACCUGGCCGAGGCGCUGGCUAGGCUGCGGCAUCACAACGAGGCCGCGCAGGCGCAUUCGCCCGUGUCGCCGGCCAAUGAGAGUGGCGGGUUCAAGCAGCGCAGCCGCAGCUCGACGCUGAUUUUCCAGCCGAAUGUGGACGAGUUGCCGUGCGUGACGGUGGACGACCUGACGGAUGAGCCUGAGGAGAUCAGCCCUGUUGCGGCUGAUGCGCCGCCGAAGCCUAUCAUGGCCCAUACGGCGCGGCCCCCGGUUGAGUUGAUGAUGGAUUCAUGA